AUGGGAUCCUCGGGGCGGCCAAAAGUCUUGCAGCUCGGCCUGGUUGAACACGCCCACGAGACGUGGUCAUCAAUCGGCGAGAUCGCCGACAUCAUUGUCCCCAAGGCGACUAAUCGCGAUGAGCUGAUCGCCGAAUGCCGCUCUGGAGCUUUCGACGGCGUGAAGGUCGCCUACCGUACCUUUUAUAGUGUCACAGGCCUCGUCGACACCGAAUUGAUUGCCGCCCUCCCAUCGAGUCUGAGAUUCAUCUGCCACUGCGGCGCCGGCUACGACUCAAUCGACAUCCCCGCCUGUACAGACCGCUCCAUCCUCGUCUCCAACACCCCCACCGCCGUCGACGACGCCACAGCCGACCUCAACAUCUGGCUCAUGCUCGGCGCCCUGCGCAACCUUUCCAGCUCCAUGACGGCCCUGCGCGCUGGUACCUGGCGGGGAAACCCACCUCCGGCGUUCGGCCACGAUCCCCAGGGUAAGGUACUCGGCAUCCUGGGUAUGGGCGGCAUCGGGAGGAACAUGGCCAAGAAGGCGCUGGCAUUUGGGAUGAGGAUUCGGUAUUAUAACCGGACGAGGUUGGCGGAGGAUCUGGAGAGGGAGUGUGAGGCUGAGUUUGUUGAUUUUGAGACGUUGCUGAGGGAGAGUGAUGUUUUGAGUUUGAAUCUGCCGCUGAAUCCCCAAACCCGCCACUCCAUCUCCAAGCCCCAAUUCGCCAUAAUGAAAAAGGGUAUAGUGAUAGUCAACACCGCCCGCGGCGCGGUCAUUGACGAAGCGGCCCUCGUCGACGCCCUGGCCGACGGUACCGUCUCCUCCGUCGGCCUAGACGUAUACGAGAACGAACCCGAGAUCCACCCGGGCCUCGUCACGAACCCCUCCGUGCUACUGGUCCCGCACAUGGGGACCUGGACGGUCGAGACGCAGACGAAGAUGGAGGAGUGGGCCAUGGGGAAUGUGAGGGUUGCCUUGGCGGAGGGGAGGUUGAGGAGUGUGGUGCCUGAGCAGAAGGGGAUGGCAGAGAUGUGGGUUGGGUUAUAG